AUGCUUCGGCACGAAUGGGCCGGCUCGACCGGAGUGAUAUCAUGGCCUCACAGAAAACCGUCGUGAAACAACGCUUGCGUUGUGUUUCGUUGUGUGAGUGAGGUUACCGGAGGUAACUUUGUGCCAUCUUAAUUCUACUUUUUUUAAGAAAAAAAUGUUGCUCCGCACUAGGACUUUCUCCUGUGUCGUGGGGGCGUUUACAAACAUACAAGUUCACAUACACAUGACACCCAGACCCGAAACAACGAUUUUUGGAUCACACAAAGAGUUGCUCCGUUCAGGAAUCGAACCCGUUACACGUUGCGCGGCAGCCGAUUGCCCAGCCACCGCACCAACCGUGCAGUCAAAUAACCAAAUCCCCAAAUCAAUGUUGAUUUCCCAACAAUCCUUAAAUUCCUAA